CUCUUCUGGUUGCUGCUGAUUUGGAAAAUUCUCUCCGUAGAAGAAGGAGGAGGGGAAUAUGGACUGCUCAAUCUGCAGCUCCUUGCCGGUGAUAUUGCGGCCGCCGCGGAAUACCAUUUGUGGGUCGUGCUACGACGGAGCUAAGUGUCUGAUCAAUCUCAUAAACAAGCUUCAAUCUGAUAAACCAGCGAAUAAAGCUACCAUUAAUGUUGCCUCCUCCUGCAAGACGCUCAUGAAUGCUUCAAAAUGGAUAAUAGAUUUGAAGAACAGAGAAGAAGAAUUAGAAGAAAAAAUCGUUUACCUCGGCGAGUUUUCGGCUGCUUUCCGCCACCGGAUUCACACCGAUAUUGAACUCAAAUCCGGCUUCGCCGCGUCCCCUUCCGUUUCCGCUCACAGAGCCCUACUGGCGACAAGAUCAGAAAUCUUCAAAAACUUACUCGAAUCGGACGGUUGCAAAGCGGCUCCAAUGGAAGCCAUUACGCUGCCGGAGUUAAGCCACGAGGAGGUGGAAUCGCUUCUCGAGUUCCUCUACGGUGGCGAUUUGGCGGAAGAAAAACUGGAGAAACACGUUUAUUCAUUGGCUCUAGCCGCCGAUAAGUACGAUAUUCCAUAUUUGCAGAAGUUUUGCAAGCGGUACAUGUUGAGAUCGAUGAACUGCGACAACGCUCUGGAUGUGUUGGAAAUUGCAGAAGUUUGCUCGUGCAGAGCGUUGAAGGAAAACGCCUUGGAUUUCAUUGUUAGAAACAUGGACGAAAUCGUGUUCUCCUCUGGAUUUGAGGCCUUCGCCCUCAAGAAUCCCCAUCUUUCCGUCCAGGUUACAAGAGCUUCAUUAAUGGACGCCAAGAAAAACAGACCCAAUUCCGCUUGAAUUCAAUAGGUUUCUUUUUCUUGAUCCAAAUUUUUAGGGUUUUUUUUUUUUUUUUUUUUCCAUAUA